AUGGAACCGUUAUCAAGCCCGUUUCAAACCUUCGGUCACCAACCAGAUUUCCCCGACCUGAUGGAUACCCUGCAUUAUGAUGAUAUGGUUCCCGAGUUUGCCUGGGAUGAGAGCUCAUCCGUGGAAGGGCUGGAGAGCAUCUCAAGGGAGGAGAGCUUGGUGUUCAACCUCGACCAAGCCACAGACUUGCCAGUCAUGACUCUAGACUCGGAACAACUACAAGACCAUCGCCAACCGUACGGCGACAUUGAUCCCCUCCUUAUGGCGGACUUCUACCAACAGGAUACAAACCAGCUAGCCGAGAUGCUUGAGACUACGACACCGAAACAAAAGCCACAACAAUCUUCCAAGACUUUCCAAUGCUGGGAUCAUGGCUGUAAUGGCCGACACUUCUCUUCCAAAAGCAACCUUAUCCGACACCAGAAGGAGAAAUCCAAGACCACCAGCAAUUUCACAUGCCCCUUGUGCGCAGCAGUCUUUACCCGAAGCUCCGCGCGGGAUACGCACCUGGCUCGUCAAAGCUGCAACCGCAUCCGCCGAUACUCCAACGGUCGGCCACGACCCAGCCGACUUGCGGUUUUGAGCAACCCAGAGUUGGUACGGAUUAUAACUUAG